AUGGUAAAGCUCGGGCGGACAGAUACAAAGAGAAGCCUUGAGAGCCUUAUGGACGGGGACAAAUCAGUUGCCAUGAAAAAUGGGGUACCGCCGGGAGCACGAAAGCUGCCAGUUCCAGGCCUUGGCCUUGAAUUCAAGAACCUCUCGUACAGUGUCAUAAAGAAGCAGAAGAAGGAUGGACAUUGGAUCAAGAAAGAAGCAUAUCUUCUUAAUGACAUUUCUGGGCAGGCAAUGAAAGGUGAGAUUAUGGCCAUCAUGGGGCCUAGUGGUGCUGGAAAAUCCACAUUUCUUGAUGCCUUGGCUGGCCGGAUUGCACAAGGGAGUCUUGAAGGAUCUGUCAGAGUCGAUGGAAAGCCAGUUACUACAAGCUAUAUGAAGAUGGUUUCUUCAUAUGUUAUGCAAGACGACCAGCUAUUCCCCAUGUUGACAGUGUUCGAGACAUUCAUGUUUGCAGCCGAGGUCAGGCUUCCUCCUUCCAUUUCCAGGGCUGAAAAGAAGAGGAGAGUCUAUGAGCUCCUUGAUCAACUAGGCUUGCAGAGUGCAACUCAUACAUAUAUUGGUGACGAGGGAAGAAGAGGGGUGUCAGGAGGGGAGCGGCGGAGAGUCUCCAUAGGAAUUGACAUCAUCCACAAGCCAUCACUACUGUUCCUUGACGAACCCACCUCAGGCCUUGAUUCUACAAGUGCUUACAGUGUGGUAGAAAAGGUGAAGGAGAUAGCUAAAGGUGGCAGCACAGUUCUAAUGACCAUCCACCAACCUUCGUUUCGAAUUCAAAUGCUCUUGGAUCGCAUCACCGUCCUUGCAAGGGGGAGAUUGAUAUAUUUGGGGAGCCCACUUGCCCUACCUGCUCAUCUAUCUGGAUUUGGAAGACCAGUACCGGACGGUGAGAACAGUAUUGAGUAUCUCCUAGAUGUGAUCAAAGAGUAUGAUGAAUCAACUAUAGGGCUAGACCCACUAGUGCUGUAUCAACUAGAUGGCAUCAAACCUGAUCAAGUGGCCAUGACACCCAUUCCAAAAACACCAAAAACAUCUCGAACGCCUUAUGGAAAGAACCCUGCAUCUAAGCACGCGAUCAGACUCCGUAGUAGUGCAUUCUCUUCUGGGAACAUGACCUCUCAACCAAACUCUGGAAAGUUCGAGUAUGACGAUGAAGAUGAUGACGACGAUGAUGAAGAGGAUUUUGACAACUCCCUUGAAAGGAAAGCUGUAAAUACACCAAUGAGCAUGCACAGUGGUGCCUUUAAUCCUCCCUUGGCUUCUAAUUUCUACAAAGAUUUCCCAGUCUGGCUUUACCAUGGGGCAAGGGGGACCCCUCGUCGUCCACCAUCAUGGACUCCAGCUAGGACUCCCGGAGUACUCACUCCCGCAGGACCAAGAAGCUUGGUUUCAAGUCAAUACCCAACACCUCAACAAAAUCCCAGUAGAACUCCUGUGGUCUUUAGCUCGUCCCUGGACUCUUAUGUACCCAAUUCUUAUGAAGAAUUCGAGUACGAAGAGGAUCUCGAUGAGCCAAGCCAUGGCUCCAAGUUUGCAAACCCAUGGCUGCGUGAGGUUGUCGUGCUCUCAUGGCGCACGGCACUUAAUGUCAUCCGCACUCCAGAGCUCUUCCUUUCACGUGAGAUUGUGUUGGCAGUUAUGGCACUCAUUCUAUCCUCCCUGUUCGGAAACAUCGACCAUCCUACCUUCAAAGACAUCAACCGGCUUCUCAACUUUUACAUCUUUGCAGUUUGCCUUGUUUUCUUUUCCUCCAAUGAUGCUGUCCCAACUUUUAUCCAGGAAAGGUUCAUUUUCAUUAGAGAGACCUCCCACAAUGCUUACCGUGCUUCUUCCUAUGUCAUUUCCUCACUCAUUGUGUAUCUCCCAUUCUUUGCCAUUCAAGGUUUUACCUUUGCAGCCAUAACCAAAGCCAUUCUUCAUCUCGAAAGCAAUCUUAUGAACUUCUGGAUAAUCCUCUACGCCUCACUCAUUACUACUAAUGCUUAUGUGAUGCUUGUCAGUGCACUUGUCCCAAGCUACAUAACAGGGUAUGCUGUUGUGAUUGCCACCACAGCUCUCUUCUUCCUGACUUGUGGGUUCUUCCUGAAGCAAUCCCAGAUACCUAUUUACUGGAGGUGGCUCCAUUUUAUCUCUGCAAUCAAAUACCCAUUUGAGGCAUUGCUAACAAAUGAAUUCAAAGGGAAAAGGUGCUAUAAUGGGCUGCCUGAAGAUCUCUCACCUGGUCCUCUGGGAAACGUGAAAAUCAGCCCACUGCAUAAAAGAUCCAUUGAGAAUGGAGAACUGCUACCAAGAGAGAAUUGCACGUUGAUAGGAGAAGAUGUUCUAUUCUCAAUGGAUAUUACAAAGGAAAAUAUUUGGUAUGACAUUGCAAUCUUGCUGGCUUGGGGAGUUCUCUAUCGCUUCUUCUUCUACUUGGUUCUGAGAUUUUAUUCCAAGAAUGAGAGAAAAUGAAGCAUGUUACCUUUUGCAUUUGCUUUUAUCUUAAAUUUAUGUUUGUGUCCUGAAUUUGGGACUAACAUCUUUCAGAAACUGUUCUAUACAUGAAUAA